GACGAAUACUGAAGCUUGAAGGAUGCCGGGUCAAGCGAAUUGCGGAGGUUCGCCGCAGCUGAUGUCAUCUAUCGUUAUCUUCACGUGAGAUAGAGCUCGAAACGUGGCAGCUUGCUCCAACACCAACGAGAACUAUUGCAGACCGCGACGAGCCCUUUCACUAUUACAGACAGCAAUGAUAAUUACUUCUUGAGCUCCUUGACAUCGAGUCAACACACCAUGGGCCGCCUUCAGCUCUAUGUAACGGGCUCGGCCGUUAUGGCCAACGUCGUACUCGCGCGCGCAUACUACGAGCGCCCAAACUUCUACUCUGCCGCUGUCUACAUUUCGCAGAGCACCGGCUCUCUCAUGUUCCUGGUCAACUUGAUGCUCAUUGUCGCAACAAGCUUCGGAUAUGGACUUCAGCGCCUCUUCUAUGGACCACUUCGCCCAAUUGAAACCGAGCAGCUGUACGACAAGGCAUGGUUUGCUGUCAGCGAGACACUGUUGGCGAUGACCAUCUUCAGGGAUGAUAUCGGGCUGUGGUUCUUCACUAUGUUCCUUUGCCUCCUCGCUGGCAAGGUAUGGCAGUGGAUUGGGGAGGGGAGGGUCGAGUUCCUCGAGCAGCAGCCACCAGCCAAUCCACGACUCUUUCACACCCGGCUCGCCAGCUCUCUUCUCCUUUCCGUGUUCUUCGACGUCUAUAUGACGCAAUACUGCGUGUCCUCGAUCCUCUCAGCAGCUCGACCGGGCGUUAUGGUCAUGUUCGGCUUCGAAUAUGUUCUCCUCGCAAUCGCAUCGAUAUCGACUCUUAUACGCUACAUUCUGUCACUAGUCGAGAUUGUCAUCACACAACGUCAAGAGAGAGCGACAGACGAGGCUCAGAGGAUCGCAAGGGAACAGGCUCGCCAACAAGCGGCGGCUGAGGGUGCAGAAGCUCCUGCUGAGGAAGAGGACGAAGCCGAUGAGAUUGACGUGCCUGGAUGGGAAGAGAAGGGCCGCUGGAUUUUCUACUUGGAUCUGGCCACCGAUUUCGUGAAGGCCUCAGUCUACAUGGGAUUCUUCACGGUCCUUAUGACAUUCUACGGUAUCCCUAUUCACAUCAUGCGGGAUCUGUUCAUGUCUGUUCGCUCGCUGAUCAAGCGUAUCAACGACUUCAUCAAGUACCGCAACGCAACUCGCGAUAUGAAUACUCGCUACCCGGAUGCCACUGGAGACGAUCUGAGCCGCGAGAACAUUUGCAUUGUUUGCCGUGAGGAGAUGCGACCGUGGAACCCACCUGUUGCUGAAGGAGCGCAGCCGGGGCGCAGGAUGGACGAACGACAAAGGCCGAAGAAGCUGCCGUGUGGGCAUAUUCUGCAUUUCAGCUGCCUCAGAAGCUGGCUCGAACGACAACAAGUGUGCCCGACCUGUCGACGACCUGUACUAGGAGAGCCCACACCUCAACCUGCGCAACCCAACAACCAGGCAAAUCCAGCAGCAUUUAAUCAGCCAAAUCAUAAUCAGCCAAAUCAGCCGAACGCACAGGUUCAAGGGGGUCUUCGCGGUUUCUUGCCAGGAAAUGCGCAACAACCUCCUGCGAACCAAGCCCAACCUGGCGUACCAGCACCACAAGGUGCGCAACCGAACAGACCAAACGGCAACAUGCGCAUCUUCAACUUUGGGCCCUUUCGGCUUGCACUUGGAAACCUUCGUCUACCCGCAGAACAGGCAGGCAACGCCAACAACGUCAGAAAUGCCAUCGAUCAGCUGCGCCAACAGGCUGUUGUGGGGCAUGCACCUCAGAUGCCUACUCAGUUACCACAAGGUCAGUUUCCGACUCACCAGCCGUUACUCUCCAAUGCCGUACCUGCUGUACCAGCUGAUCAAAUGGGUGCGGCCCUUGCGCAACAACCCAUGGACAUCCGCUACGACAUCUUGCGCAUUCAGCAGCACAUAACACAACAGCUUCGUCAACUUAAUGUGCAGAACGAGCAGCUGGAGGUGACGUCCAGACUUCUUGUCGAGCUCAAUCGUCUGAAUACGUUAUCUGCGGUUGGUCAGCAAGCAGCCGGUGUCUCCCCUGUGGAUGCGUACAAUAUCAGCUCGUUCUCUCCACAAGCAUACUUUGCCAGAGACCAGGUCCUAAGACAGGGCGAUGCUGAAAUACCUGAGGGGUUGACUCUUCCAGAAGGAUGGACGUUGCGUCCUAUGGCAUUGGCAGCGCAGUCAGCCCAAACAAGCGCACCGGCUCCAUCGCCGCUGUCGUCGCUGUCGACGUCACAACCUGCAGCACCAGUGGCUGAUCCAGCGCCUGUGAUACUAGAAGCGCAACCAAUAGUGGCACAGCCACAAGCAGACUCAGCACCAGUGCAGCCUUCCCCAUCCGCAACACCGACACCUGCAGGUCCAACAUCGAGCUCAUCACCCAAGCCUGGCGCACCUAGCUCACUUGAAUCAAGUUGGAGCUUUGGUGACCUUCCUGAGCGGAAUGAGGCGGAAGGAUUGAGCUCCGCGGUUGCAGGAGGCAGCGCUGGCGGGCAGAACGUAACCAAGCCGGCAGUCACGGUGGAAGAUGCCGAAGACAACGAACAGUAGAUACAUGAACAUUGCAUUGCAUAGCGUGGCGUUUAGGUUUGGUAGCAACGAGUGAGCGAUGCGCCUCGGUAACAGAGUACAUAGAUACCCACACAUGGAAUCGUAAUAUGUACGCUCGGUCCUCCGAUUCGAUCCCCACGUGCUGCAAAACGAGGCACAUCUACCCAACCACCUCAACAUUCGCUGUUCGUAGAGUUUUUGAUGCGCAGUGCUGCAACUCUAUCUUCCUGUCCACUCAUGUACUUCCAGCCUCGCAGGAGCCCACUUUAUCGCAGCCCACUCGACAACUCUUGUCUGGUCUCACCGC